AUGGCUAACAAGGCUUUUUAUUCAAAAAUUUUAAUUACCGGAUGCUCCACCAGCGGCAUUGGCCAUUUUCUAGCUCUCGAGUUUGCCAAGCAGGGUUGCAAGGCGUAUGCCUCAAUGCGUAAUCCAAGAAAGAUUGACAGUAGUUUGGCCAUCCGCGGAAUAAUCACCCUGGAGCUAGAUGUAAUCAAUGACAUGUCUGUCAAGGACGCCGUUGGCCGAGCUAUCCAAGAAACCGGCCGUAUUGAUGUUCUGGUUAAUAACGCUGGUCAAUUUUUAGUAGAGACAAACAUGAACAAGGUGAAGGAGAGCUUUGGCUCUAACCUUUUUGCUGUUGGUCCUCAUAUGAUGGACAGUAGACAGGGAACUAUUGUUAACGUGGGCUUUGUAGGUGACUACGCGGCAACACCAUGGAUUGGGCAUUAUUCUGCAACCAAAGCGGCCUUACACUCAAUGUCCGACCCGCUGUGCUUUGAGCUUGCGCCAUUCAACGUCAAAGUCAUGGUUUUGGUCCCCGGUGCAAUUAAAUCAAACAUAAAUGUAGAGGCUGUUAAGGGAAAAAUACUUUUUGAAGUCUCUCGUUAUAUUCUGGCUUUGCCUGUUAUGAGGAAACUGUCUGAAAUUAUAAAUAUGGGGAAGGUGGUGGCUACUGAUAAGUUUUCCCGCCACGUCGUGAAGCACAUUUUAGCAAAGAAGCCGGGCGCUUAUUUGACUUAUGGAAGGUAUGCUGCUGGUUGGUCUAUGGCGUAUUGCUUUCCAGCUGGUGUUUGUGAUUUUAUUUCCAGCCACUGGGUGGGGGGGGGGGGGUACUCAUAA